GCUGAUUCUUGUUAUAAAUUGAGUUGGAGAACUCCAGUAGGUCGGCGGAUCUCAGACAGACAACUGCUAGGAGCUGCUAGGAGACAAAGUACUACCCUCAACCUCUGAUUUUGGUGGGUUUUGAAGUGAUUCCUAUAAUAUUUUGUCUGUUUUGUAUGCUAUUGCUUCAAAAUAAUAUGAAAGUAUUAAUUCAUUAAGACACGGAAUGAAAUAUGACUCAGCAUUCUGAUGUAUUAAUAUAUUGUCUAUAUCCAGCUGUUUAAUCUGUUACUUUUUUCACAUGUAUUGUAAAUACAUCAAUGCUAUAAUCAUAACCUUUAUCUGAUGCAUUUGUGCUUUGUCCUAGUAAGUGAUGUGGAGAGUGUUAUUGUGUUUGAUGCUCCUCUGGGGUGGGAGUGAAGCCAAAUCCACAGUGUCCUGCAGAAAUGAGCAGGGAGAUGCUGUGGACUGGUGAGUACACAUACAGUGGGGAAAAAAAGUAUUUAGUCAGCCACCAAUUGUGCAAGUUCUCCCACUUAAAAAGAUGAGAGAGGCCUGUAAUUUUCAUCAUAGGUACACGUCAACUAUGACAGACAAAAUGAGAAAAAAAAUCCAGAAAAUCACAUUGUAGGAUUUUUAAUGAAUUUAUUUGCAAAUUAUGGUGGAAAAUAAGUAUUUGGUCAAUAACAAAUGUUUCUCAAUACUUUGUUAUAUACCCUUUGUUGGCAAUGACACAGGUCAAACGUUUUCUGUAAGUCUUCACAAGUUUUUCACACACUGUUGCUGGUAUUUUGGCCCAUUCCUCCAUGCAGAUCUCCUCUAGAGCAGUGAUGUUUUGGGGCUGUCGCUGGGCAACACAGACUUUCAACUCCCUCCAAAGAUUUUCUAUGGGGUUGAGAUCUGUAGACUGGCUAGGCCACUCCAGGACCUUGAAAUGCUUCUUACGAAGCCACUCCUUCGUUGCCCGGGCGGUGUGUUUGGGAUCAUUGUCAUGCUAAAAGACCCAGCCACGUUUCAUCUUCAAUGCCCUUGCUGAUGGAAGGAGGUUUUCACUCAAAAUCUCACGAUACAUGGCCCCAUUCAUUCUUUCCUUUACACGGAUCAGUCGUCCUGGUCCCUUUGCAGAAAAACAGCCCCAAAGCAUGAUGUUUCCACCCCCAUGCUUCACAGUAGGUAUGGUGUUCUUUGGAUGCAACUCAGCAUUCUUUGUCCUCCAAACACGACGAGUUGAGUUUUUACCAAAAAGUUAUAUUGACUAUAUGACAUUCUCCCAAUCCUCUUCUGGAUCAUCCAAAUGCACUCUAGCAAACUUCAGACGGGCCUGGACAUGUACUGGCUUAAGCAGGGGGACACGUCUGGCACUGCAGGAUUUGAGUCCCUGGCGGCGUAGUGUGUUACUGAUGGUAGGCUUUGUUACUUUGGUCCCAGCUCUCUGCAGGUCAUUCACUAGGUCCCCCCGUGUGGUUCUGGGAUUUUUGCUCACCGUUCUUGUGAUCAUUUUGACCCCACGGGGUGAGAUCUUGCGUGGAGCCCCAGAUCGAGGGAGAUUAUCAGUGGUCUUGUAUGUCUUCCAUUUCCUAAUAAUUGCUCCCACAGUUGAUUUCUUCAAACCAAGCUGCUUACCUAUUGCAGAUUCAGUCUUCCCAGCCUGGUGCAGGUCUACAAUUUUGUUUCUGGUGUCCUUUGACAGCUCUUUGGUCUUAGCCAUAAUGGAGUUUGGAGUGUGACUGUUUGAGGUUGUGGACAGGUGUCUUUUAUACUUAUAACAAGUUCAAACAGGUGCCAUUAAUACAGGUAACGAGUGGAGGACAGAGGAGCCUCUUAAAGAAGAAGUUACAGGUCUGUGAGAGCCAGAAAUCUUGCUUGUUUGUAGGUGACCAAAUACUUAUUUUCCACCAUAAUUUGCAAAUAAAUUCCAUAAAGAUCCUACAAUGUGAUUUUCUGGAGAAAAAAAAUCUCAAAUAGUCUGUCAUAGUUGACGUGUACCUUUGAUGAAAAUUACAGGCCUCUCUCAUCUUUUUAAGUGGGAGAACUUGCACAAUUGGUGGCUGACUAAAUACUUUUUUCCCCCACUGUACAUGCUCAAAGGAGAAUCUCCAUUAAAAGUGAUUUUUAAUCUAGGACUAGGCUUAAUCUAUGUCAAAUAAACUUGCCCUUGGAGUUAUCAAAAAUUACUAGAUUAUUGUUAUACACAUGAUGAAAUACUCUCGUGAUAAAAUAAAUAUGCUGAUCUACUUGCAAAUCUUUUAGCAACCAUUGACAUACCUUGUGCUUGUGUUUCUGUUCUGACUGUCCAUCAGGUAUAUUCUAUACAAGCUGCCCUCUAUUGACAGUGACAACGGUUUGAAGUACUUGUACAUGGAUGAGAGCACCAAUGGGUGGCUAUAUGGAAAGACAAGUAUCAACGACAAGUCCAGCGCUUUGGCUCGUACACUUCAGCCCCUCUAUGAGCACAUCACAAAGAAGGUGAGAGCAGAUGAUUUGCCUCUCUUUCUUGUGCUGUAAAUAAUGAUUAAACAGCUCAUUAUAAUCUACAUUUGUUGCUUGUUUUUGUAUUACUAUUAGACAGAGAGCUUUGGAUACAUCCUUUACAAUGAUCAACCACCAAAGCCCUUUCAUACUUCUGCCUCAUCAUAUGGACACAGCAAAGGUUGGUGGCGCCUUGAUGCACUGUUCAUGAAUAAACAGUAACUCACACUGAAUGCUCCAGCUCUUCAGACAUUGAAUAACACUAUUGAGAUAGAGGAUAUAAAUAUCCAGUUAUAUUCACUAAGCAAAUCAUCUCUCCAGGUAAGCAAACGUUGUUUAAGGAAAAUCAGUCAAUUGAAAUGUUUUUUAAAUGUUUUUUUUAUGUGUUCCUGGUGGGUCACCUGAUGUUGUCUCGUGUCUAGUACUGAAAAUACAUAUUUUUACAUGCGUGUUACAGGGGUUGUGAUGAUGGACAAAUACACUGGAAUUUGGCUCUCGCAUAGCACACCUCACUUUCCAGGGAUGAAAACAACCAACUUCUGGCCCGACAGUGGAUACCACAACGGUCAAACAUUCAUCUGUGGGACCUACAAAUACAGCGAAUUCAGAAAUAUUGGUAAUGUAUCCAAAUACAUAACCUAUAUUGAGUAUGUGAUUGAAACAGCAUAAUCUAGAUUUUACAAGUUUGACUCCUGACAAUGUUAUUUGAACACCACUGCCUAUAUGGUUCCUUCAAAUAUUGAAAUCAACAUGUGUUUUGGUUCCAGGAUAAAUAUAAUUGAUUUUACAGCAUGGUGAUGGUGUGCUAAAUUGGAGAAAGAAAUAUAGUAUCUCUACCCACUAUUUUCUGUAUUCACAGCUAUUCAGCUCCAGUACAUUCAUGUAUACUCAUAUGACUUCAACAUCCCCAACUCAUUCUACCCCGAGCUCCAGUGUGUGGCCCACCGAGGCUGCUAUCCCAAGAAAGGGCCCUGGUACCGACAGCUGAAUAUGACAUCAUUGGCAGGAAACAAGUUUGUCAGCUAUGUAAAGUACAGCAGAUUUGAUGACGGUAAGGCACUUUUUUAGAUAUGAGCCUAAAAAUACUACCUCUGUAUUUAUUCUUCGUCCACAUUGAUGUAAAAUGUAAAAUUCUAAAGGAAUUGUUUUCUGACAUAUUUGUACUAGUCCAAUCAUGUCUAUCUUUUUUGUGCCUCUUUUGUUCCUGUAGAUCUCUACUCUGGUCUUCUCUGUAAAUAUUUGGAGAGUGCCCUCUAUGCCAAGAGCUGGGGCAGGAUGCACCAGCCCCUGCCAUCCAACUGCACCAUUGCCCACAAUGUGUACAAUGUGAUAACGUUGCAGCUCCCCUCGGUUAAGUCAUAUAGCAUCACCGUGGAUCAUUCCAAGUGGUGUGUGACAACGGCGGGCGCCAAGUAUCACUGGACCUGUAUUGCUGACAUGAACAGAGAGGUUAGCCAGGAGCGCAGAGGUGGAGGGGCCAUAUGCACAGACAACCAAGCUGUGUGGAAGACUUUCAACAAUGUUGUUGGUAGUUAUGAGCCAUGCCUUUAGUAGAGUCGAAUGUCGAUCUCUCUUCCUGUGUUCCGUCAUUAAAUAAGAAACAGCGGCUGUUGAAAAAGUGUAUACCCUUUGCAGUCUUAAUGUGUAGCUGUUUAGUUGGUUAGGUCUAGAAGCACAGUACUAAUGCUCUCAGGAAAUCAGACAAUAAAAUGUAAGAAUUGCUAUGCAUUUAUACAUAGGACAUGCAUAACUGUCUUCAUUGUAUCAACCAUUUGUUUUGUUUGUUUCUCACUUACCCACCAUCAUGUCACAUAAUAUUGUAAACAGCCCUAUCAUUCUGAACUGCCUAGUUGUCACAGUAGGCUAUUUGCCCUGAUUAAAAUAGAAAAGUGCUGAAAAUGUGAAAUAUUAUCAAGAAAAAAGCUCCCAACUGUAUCAUAAUAUGCCCAAAUAUAAGGUUUUAUUUCUCAAUUGUUUAUAAAUAUCAAUUAUAUAAACAACCAAUGUCAUGUGGUUAAAACGAUCUCUUGGAU